AAGCACACAUCAUCAAGAAUGCAUUAUUUCCUUUUUCGGUUGUUUUCAAAGCUUUUACCAAAAUUUCUACAUAGCGAUUCAAAAGAAUCAAUUGUUCUUGCAGCUGCUUACUCUCCACUUUUAUUUCCCUUUAUCUCCACUCUUGUACCCCCCCCCCCGCUCUCCCUCCGUUACUAUCGCCUAUGAUCACCACAGCCUCAUCCUCGCCAUCACCAUCACCGUCACCACAACGGAGCGACCGUAUUGGAGGCACAUUUAUCCACAGCCACGGAACCAAAGUGUUUGUGCCCGAUCGCCUCGACAACGUCCAGGACGCCGUCAACCAAGCACGAUUUAGCGAAAAGCGAUGGGUGUGGAUCGAAGACGAACAGCAUGGCUAUGUCCGGGCACAAGUCAUCAGAGAAUUUGAAAAGAGUCCACGAUCAGCACGACACCCAAAGAUUGAAGUUGAGCAUGAGAGCGGUCAAACAUGCUUCGUCCCCGCAGACAAAGUGUACUCCAUGAACCCUCCAAAAUUCGACCGCGUGGAAGAUAUGGCAGAACUGACACACCUGAACGAGCCAUCGGUGAUCCAUAAUCUGACUUUGCGGUACCAUACCGGUGAAACUUAUACAUACUCUGGACUGUUUUUGGUGGCAGUGAACCCAUAUCGAAAGUUGCCCAUCUAUUCUCAGGACUAUAUCCAAUCCUACAAAGGCCGACGAAGAGGCGAGUUACCCCCGCAUAUCUAUGCCGUCGCAGAUCAAGCAUAUCAUGACAUGGUGCAAGAUGGUGAUGAUCAGUCGAUUCUUAUCACGGGCGAAUCGGGGGCAGGCAAAACAGAAAACACCAAGAUUGUGAUCCAGUAUUUGGCUGCCGUUGCCAAUACAGCCGUUCGUUCAGAAAUUGAACAGCAGAUAUUGCAAGCGAACCCCAUUCUUGAAGCGUUCGGUAAUGCGCAGACGAUCCGCAACAACAAUUCGUCUCGCUUUGGUAAAUUUAUUCGAAUCAAAUUCAACAAUCGAGCGCAGAUUUGCGGUGCCAAUAUCGAGUGGUACUUGCUGGAGAAAUCGCGAGUCCAUCAGCAGACGCCUGAAGAACGAAACUAUCAUGUCUUUUACCAACUGUUGAGUGCGGAUGACUCGUUCAAGGAGCAACUGCUGCUAGGUGGUCAGACCGCCAAGGAUUACAACUUUACCAAGAACUCCAGUAUCACUAUUGAUGGUGUAGAUGACGCAGAAGAUUAUCAAAAACUCUUGAAAUCGUUGGACAUCAUGGGCCUUUCCGACAAGGAAAAAUUCGAUUUGUUCCGUAUCGUGGCAGCCGUUCUCCAUCUCGGCAAUAUCAUUGUAACCCCUGAUUUUCGCGAGCGUGCCGAUAUUCGGGAUUUUACGUCCAUCGAACGUCUAUGCCACCUUCUCGGGAUCCCAGCACAGGACUUUAAAAAAGGCUUACUGGCACCGCGUAUCAAGGCUGGAUCUGAAUGGGUGAGCCAAGCAAAAUCACUAGAGCAAGUCCAGGCGAGCUUGGUCGCUCUCGCAAAAACCUUAUAUGAGCGCAACUUUGCCAGUCUAGUGGAGCGGGUGAAUCAGGCUUUGGAUGGUCAAAAAACAGUAGACAAGACACAGUUUAUUGGUGUUUUGGAUAUUGCUGGAUUUGAGAUUUUUGAGGUCAACAGCUUUGAACAGCUGUGUAUUAAUUACACGAACGAGAAGCUGCAACAGUUCUUUAACCACAGCAUGUUCGUGUUGGAGCAAGAAGAGUACAAGAAGGAGCGAAUUGACUGGAGUUAUAUUGAUUUCGGACUGGACUUGCAACCUACAAUCAACCUCAUCGAAAAGGCCAAUCCAAUCGGUAUCUUAUCUUGUCUUGAGGAGGAAUGCGUUGCUCCUCGUGGUACAGAUAAGCGAUUCCUAGAAAAGCUAAACAAGGUUUGGAAUACCGGGGAGGGCGACGCCAAGUACAAGCCCAGACGAUUUGAUGAAGGGUUUAUUGUGACGCAUUAUGCCGGCAGAGUCGAAUAUUCCACCAAGGGCUGGAUUGACAAGAACAAAGAUCCGCUCAACGAAGAUGUCACACGUUUGCUCGCACGGUCCACACAACCUUACGUUGCUCGUUUAUUUGAAGACUACCUUACUGACAAUGAAAAAUCAACCGACAUGACCUUGACAAAACUGCGCAAGGGCACAGGAUCAUUCCGAACAGUGGGUCAGCGCCACAAGCAGCAGCUCCUAGCAUUAAUGUGCACGCUCGAAUCGACACAUCCACGCUUUAUUCGCUGUAUCCUACCCAAUGACCGUAAGCGCGCAGGCCAGAUCCAGACCAAGCUCGUGCUGGGACAACUAAGAUGCAAUGGUGUACUCGAAGGUAUCCGUAUCUGUCGCAAAGGUUUCCCGAACCGUUUAUCAUUUGACGAUUUCCGCAAACGAUACGAGAUCCUGUGUCCCAACCAGCUACCCACCAACUGCUUCAUUUACGGUCGCAGUGCAUGUCAAACCUUGUUGGACGCUAUGCAGCUGGAUCCAGAGCGAUACAGAAUUGGAACAACCAAAGUGUUCUUCAAGGCAACUGUACUGGCCGAACUAGAAGAGAUCCGAGAUCGACACCUAGCCAACUACAUGACCGGGUUCCAAGCCAUGUGCCGUCGUUACAUUGCAAGGCAGAAAAUGACACGCAAGGCACGACAAACAGAGGCAAUCCGGGUAAUGCAGCGCAAUGCACGCAUCUAUGUGACAUUGCGAGAAUGGCCAUGGUGGAAAGUGUAUGCAAAGCUGCGGUCGGCCGGUGUUGCAUAUCGCGGAGAGGCCCAAAUCAAGGAGCGAGAUCAAAAGAUUGCGCAGCAAGAAACGCAAAUCACGGAGCAAACGAGCGAAAUCCAGGAGCUCACGCAAAAAUGCCAGCAGUUGACGUCUCAGCAAGACGAUUAUGCGGGUCUGGUACAGAGCCAGCAGGCCAUAGUGCGAGAGUUGGAAGAAAGCAAGCAGGCAUUGGUAGAAAAGGUGGCAGGUCACGAAGAGGAGAUGGAAGAAGCGCAAAAACAGGCCGAAGCACAGGCAAACAUGAUUGCACGACUGCACAGGGAUAUCCGCGAGUGCAGUGAGGAGAAUGAACAACUGGCAACACGAUAUGAAGCUGUGCAUGGCACAAAUGAAACUCUGACAGCACGGGUCGAGUAUCUUGAAAACGAAAAUGGUCGACUUUCAAAAGAGCGAGAAAACAAUGUGGAUUCGCUUAGAAAGGAGCUGGAAGAGCUGAAAAAAUCAAAUGAAGCUCAAAUAUCGGCACUAAAGAAUGAACGCGAUGAGUAUAAGCAAAAGUUAUCAGACGCCGAGGAGAAUCAUCGCGCCGAACAGAACUUAUUUACCCAGCGUCAAACGGAGCUUGAAGAGAAACUCAAGUUGCUCAAUGAUGAGUUGCAGCAAAAAUCCAAAGAACGCACCGAUUACGAAAACAAACACGAUAUUUUACAGUCGAAUUGGCAAGACUUGGCACGCUUAGUGCAAAGUGAGGCAGCCGAAGCACAAGCUCGCUCUGAAAGGUAAUCAAACAGAGUUUAUAUUAUCCAGUCUUACAAGAAAAGACACACUAACCAGUCUAUGUAUCCACAGACUCAACCAAAUGUUAUCGCAAUUUGGACUAUCUGCUAUUACUACUGCUACUGCUAAAUCAUAAUCUUUCCUUCGCCUUAUUACAUUACUCCUAUCCAUCUUUACAUAAAUAACAUAUCCUAAUUAUUCUCAUGCAAUAUUUUGCGAUCAAAUUUGUUUAUACAAGAAGCAUAUGUAUUAUUAUUUCCUGGGUAACA